AUGGCUUUCACCGCUCCAGCUUUAACGACACCUGCCCGGUGCAGGGCAGAUUUCUCUUUGAUCCCAAUUGGAUCUGCCACUCCAUCCUUUUCCCAGCAAAUUACCGACAUCCAGCGACUCCUCCAAGACUCGGGGUUGACAUUCGUCACACAUACUACUGGCACGACGAUCGAAGGUACAUGGGACCAGGUUGUCCAGGUAAUUGGGCUGGCACACACACUCACCCAUCAGCAAGGAAUUGCCAGAGUCCAGACAGACAUUCGUAUUGAAACUAGAACGGACAAAGUCCAACAACCCGUUGGAGGAACAGUAGCAUCAGUGGAAAGAGUUUUCGCUGGUUCUACUUAG